AUGAAGCGCGCAUCGAAUGCGCUAAAGUGCGCGAUGAAUUCCGCAGCUAAUUGUACGUUGAAUUGCGUGUCGAAUAGCGCGUUUAAAGCUGUGCGAAUCGUGCUGUAUGAAGCGCGUACGACAUUCAUUUCGACACGGAAGCGCGUUUUGAAGCGCGCAUCGAAUUAUGCGCUAAAGCGCGCGUUGAAUUCCGCAGCUAAAUGUACAUUGAAUUGCGUGUCGAAUUGCGUGUUUAGAGCUGUGCGAAUCGCGCUGUAUGAAGCGCGUACGACAUUCAUUUCGACGCGGAAGCGCGUUUUGAAGGGCGCAUCGAAGUAUGCGCUAAAGCGCGCGUUGAAUUCCGCAGCUAAUUGUACGUUGAAUUGCGUGUCGAAUUGCGCGUCAUGUGCAUAUGUGCAUAUGUGCAUAUGUGCAUAUGAAGCAGAUGUGCAUAUGUGCAUAUGUGCAUAUGUGCAUAUGAAGCAUAUAUGA